GGCCUUUCAAGAAAACGAAUCCCCCAAACACCGGUCAAACAUCUCCUCCCUCCGCUAUCACCGUCGCCACCAUUGACAAAACCUCCACUCCUGCUCUCCUUUGCCUUCAUCGAUAAUUCGAUGCCAAUCAUCGAUUCACUAUAUACAACCCUUCACCGCUAUCUCCUCCUCCUUCAUUGGUUCCCAAUCACCGAUUCUAUCACCAAACCCAAAGAAGGCGUCGUUUGAGGGUUUUUCUACGGGAAAAAAAAAUUUACAUAAACACAUCGCUCUCAAUUUGCAUUUCAUCCACUUCUCUUGAUUUAGGUAGGAUUCUUUUAGUUAUUUUAAGUUCUGUUUCUUUUGGUUUUUGGUCUUUGUACUAUUUUUUUUCCUCCUGCUGAUUGUUGAUAGUUAAUCUUUCCCCGUUUUUCUUUGUGAAGGUUGGCUUAGUUCAGGCUUUUGUUUUUAAAUUUCUAUUUGUUUUGAUCUUUUGACCAUCGAUUUAUUAGGGGUGUGGAUGUGGGUAUUGAACACUAGGCACUUUGAUUUUUGUCCAUCUAUGGCGUUCAAGUUACCAAUUAAUGAUAACUCGUCAGACUAGCCUCAGUAUCUUGACGGAGGAUGGGUUAUCUCAUAAGGAGAAUUUAUUUUGCGGUGUUAUGAGUUCGAAACUAACAACACCGCCAACGCCGAAACCAUUAGAAAUGAGGUAAUCUCCCGUUUUUUCCCCGGUGCUUUCUGUUAGUGAAGGUUAAUGCUUUGUGAACUUAUACCUUUAGAUUUUCGAAGGUUUGCAGUUUAUGCUUGGAAAAUACUGAAAGUGUCUUUAGGGGAGAUUGGUUGGUAAUCGCUUUUUGUUUAUUUCCAAUGACUUCUUUGCUAGGGAUAAUUCAAUUGAUCUGGAAUCUUACUCUAAACAAUUGUUCCAUGUUAUCAAUCGACUUUUGGACUUUGUCCCAACUUUUUUCUCUUUGUCUUUUCGGUUUUGGAAUUUUCCUCUGCAUUAUUUUAGAUUUCAUGUUUUCCUGCUCUGUCAUGGAUUUUUCUGGUUGUCAUAGGGAUUGAUGUGUUUAAUAAAUGUCAAGUUAUGCUCAAUGUUUUUCUCGUCAUAUGUCUUCAUUAAUUCAUAUUCGAUAUAAUAAAUUUAUUGCAGUGUUUGUUAGCAUCUUUGCAUGAAGUCUUAAUACCCGUUAAACAAAGAAAGUGAAGGAUUGUGGCAUUUGUUGUAUGAGUUAAUGGUCUUUCAAUUGAACUAUCAAGUCAAUGAGUUGGUGAAGUUGGUUGAAGAUUUUCCUUUAAUCUAUUUUGUAGCUAAGUUUUGCUUUUCCUCUGUUCUAGGAAAAAUUUCCUCUAAUGGCCUUGAUCUAUGAUUUUGUUUCACUUUCUGUUGUGUUGACAUCUGAAAAAGAUAUUAGUAACUGAUUAUGCUUUGAGAAUCACUCCUCCCAGGUUGAUGAAGACAUCACUAUUUUGCUUGCUUCUCAUUCUCGGUAUUUUGAGUGAUUAAAGAGAAUAUUGGCUGACUGAAUGAUGAUGUGGGAUUUACCUAUUAGUCAUGUAAUAGAGGCAUUGGGCUACCCGAAAUACAUUGGGAGCAUUAACCGCGGGCAAAGCGGUUACAGUGCUGGUCACUCCUACCAGCGACUUCAAAAAUAUCUUCUUCGUUUGAACGGUUGUUUAACAUUUCCAAGAACUCUUUGCUCCGAUAAAGUACAAGGAGGCCCUCGAGCAUGUGCUGAAUUUCAACAGAGCAUCCUCUGUUCUCCUGAUACCAUUGCUAAAUUUCGGGGUGUACUACUUCAAUCUGGUCAAUCACCGUUAUAAUUUGAUGGAACCUAAAACUGACUCUACUGCAGUAUGUUGGAACAUUGUGAAUAAGAGGAAAACUGAAUGCAUUUGAGUCUUUAGAUUAUCACUUUUAGUUGUGAACCAGAACAAAAAGGACUUGGAAAACUGGUUAGCUGAGGACAAGCUGCUUCGUGAUCUUGUCAAGGUAAUUCUAAUCAUUCUUGUACUUUGUGGAUCACUUUAAGCUUCAACGAGGCUAAUCAUUCUUUUUUUUUUUUUUCCACUGGACUGUAGCAGAACACAUAUGGUUCUUGAUCUGCGGGGUUUACUAAACCUCCCACCCAUCUGAGGGAUAUGUUAUUUUUCUUCCCGAAGCAAACAUCUUUUAUGCUCUUAAAUAAAAAUAUGUUAUGUACCGUAGUAUACUUGUUAUUUAUUCUCAAUGAAUAUGAUGUUGGAUAACAUCGUCCAAUGCAUUAUUUUUUCUUUUGCCUCAUUUUCACUUAUUUGUAAUUUGUUUGUUGCAGGCCCUCCCUCCAUAUUUUCAAAUCUCGUAAUACUGGAAGAGUUAUAAACAUUCAAAGCUUUGCAGUUUUUGUCAACAACCACAAGAUCUAGCUUAUUAAGCCCUCCAAACACCAAUUGACAAUGGAGAUUCUUUCUGUGAGAACCUUGAUGAUCUGAGCAUUCAACAUGGAGGGUACUCAAUAUCUGAUAUCAGGGAUGAGAUAUCAAGUUCCUGCUUUAGUUUUCAAAUUUUAUUUUACUUUUGUUACAUGCUUAAAGCAUCUUGGUAAAGUGUGCUAAUUGGAUGUUACAGAGAUUUGGAUAUUUUGAGAGCAUAACAUAGUAAAUAAAGAUACGCUAGAUAGCAGCAGGAUCCUUCUGCUGUCUGGAAUAUUUUGUAAUUGAGGUGGAUUAUUUGAAAUAAGCUUGAUAUUCAAAUCCUUAAGUGUUAUGAUGAUACCUCCUUUGAGGAAGU